AUGGUAGUCAACGUCUUCAUUAGCGCUGUCACAACGGACACCUUGAGCAGAAAAGAUGCGGUGGCUUGGAGUCAUUUCACGAAGGUUGAAGAAAUGGCGAAUGGUGCCGCAUACUGCCAAUUGACGCAUCUCUUGUUUUCCAACUCUAUCAAUUUGCGAAAGGUGAAAUUUAACCCAAGGAGCGAACCAGACAUUCUCACAAACUGGAAAGUUUUGACAACUUCCUGGAAGGAUUUGGGAAUCGACAAACCAGUGGAUGUCGAAAAGAUGAAGAAGGGAAAAUUCCAAGACAACAUGGAGUUCUUGCAAUGGUUUUACAAGUUCUUCAAGGCCAAUCUGAAUGUGGAACCCGAAGAUUACGACGCUGUGGGCUCUCGGUUUGGAGAAGACCUCCCCGCGUUGAAGGGAGCUUCUGGUCCGCGUCCCGCAGUCGCUUCUGUGCGUCCAGUUGUUGCUCAAACUAUGAAAACGAAGACUACCAUGCAACCAGUUGCUCCUGUCCCUGCCACCAAAGCUGCAGUCGCUCCAACUGUUCGAAAUGGUGCUCGACCAGCGCCAGCGACAUCCGCUGGUAAUCGUCGGUCUGAAACUUCCCCGAACGAGGAACUUUUGAAACAAGAAAUCGAAAAGCAAAAAACGUUGGCUGCCGAGUGGGAAACGAUGGCGAAAGAUAUGGAAUCUGAGCGAGAGUUCUACUACAACAUGCUUCAACGGGUGGAAGCUCUUGUCCACGAAGCAGAUGAACUGAAAGCCACUACAAUCGAAGUCGAAACUUUGAAGAAAGUUCUGUACGAAGGAAAUGAAGAAACUGUAGAGAAUGGAGAUGACAACUCACAGCUCAAUGAGGCUCUCAAUGCAAAUCUCGACGACACGGACACCUUCUAG